CGCGGCCGGGGCUCCGUGCUGCCGGGUCGGGGUGGCGCCGCCGGGGCCGGUACGGAGCGGGCCGGGGCGGUGCGGGGCGAUGGCGCUGCUGCUGGAGCACGAGUUCAAGCCGCUGCCGGCCGACAAGCAGAUCGAGACGCUGCCCUUCCUGGACGCCGUGGCGCACCUGCCGCCGUUCUUCGAUUGCCUGGGGACUCCCAUCGUCUACUCACCGGUCAAAGCAGACCUGGCUGGAAAUAUCAAGAAAAUCCGAGCAGUUUACGACUCCAACCCCUCCAAGUUCAAAACACUGCAGAACAUCCUGGAGGUGGAGAAGGAGAUGUACGGCUCCGCCUGGCCCAAGACGGGUGCGACGCUGGCGCUGAUGUGGUUGAAAAGGGGCCUGAAGUUCAUGCUGGUGUUGCUGCAGAGCAUCUCUGACGGCGAGCGGGAUGAAGAACAUCCAAACCUCAUCCGAGUGAAUGCCUUGAAGGCUUACGAGAUUGCGCUGAAGAAAUACCAUGGCUGGAUGCUGCAGAAGCUCUUCAUGGGCUCGGUCUAUGCUCUUCCGUACAAAUCUGAUUUACUGAAGGCGUUAGAGAAGGGUAAAGAAGUCAAAGAGGAGGAAAGCAUAGAGAAGAUCCAUCAGUUCCUCUCAAGGGUUACGCCCAUCCUGGAUGCAAUUUAUGAGAUGUACACAAAGAUGAAUGCUGAGCUGAGCUACAAAGCCUAAAGCUGUCACAGGACUUGCAAGCUUUAAAUGAGGUGUGACGGGUGCUACCUACAUCUUAAUCACUGAAGCAACCGGGGCUGCUCCUGAUUGUUUGAUUCUCUUCUGGAUCUGCAGUGGAUAACCUCUUUUCUAAAAAAAAUUAAUUAGUUUUCUAUUGAGAUUAAGGAAAUAAAGCACUUAGACCCUGCGUCAUCGCAGGGCACCCCAAGCUUUUGCACUAAAGAGGAAAACAAGUGUUUCUUGUCCUAACUGCUGGGUUUGUGUCCACCACGGCACGGGGAAUGAAGCAUGGCUGGCAGCUCUGCCCUGACUCUCCGACUGCUCUCUCUGCUGUGCCGUGUCCAGAACCUGCCGUGUGCCGACCCGAUGCUGCUUCCAUCACCGAUGGGCACCUGGGGGAGAAAUAUCCCAAAUGAUGCCAGCAGCGCCCAUGGUGGAGGAGCCAAUGACUUUCCUGGGUGACCCCAACUCCUCCAGCGCCUGCGUGGGAGCGAGUCCACUCUGACGGAACAGCUGCGCCGGCUGAAGCCGAGGACUGCGGUGUUUUGUGGAAGCACACAUUGCCUUAUUAACUGACAGCUUCUCGGCACUGCCGAGCCCCGCGCUGGUGGGGAGGGAGACAAAAAUGGAAUAAAAACUCACGGUACC